GAAGGAGGCGUGGUCUUCUGGCUUCUGGCUGCGUGAAGGUGAUUAGCGUCUGCCUUCAUUUCCAGUCCUUCUGCGGGAGCAUAAGCGGCGCUUUGUAUCUGGAAAUGGCCCAGUCAACCCUCGACUCGAUGCCCGGAGCCUCGACGGGGACCGUGGUUGUCACGGAGCCUCUGAACUUCUGGGGUGGAAAACGAGUGAAACCCAGGGAGGAGAAAAACGCUGAGCCCGUGUUUGAGCCUGCAACUGGCCGGGUCCUGUGUCAGAUGGUGCCCUGUGGGGCUGAGGAGGUGGACGAAGCCAUACAGAGUGCCUAUGCCGCCUACCAGAAGUGGAGCAAGAUGGCAGGCAUGGAGAGGGCUCGGGUGAUGUUGGAGGCUGCUCGCAUUAUCAGGGAAAGGAGGGAAAAAAUUGCAAAGCUGGAAGUGAUCAACAAUGGGAAAUCCAUCAUUGAGGCUCUGGUGGAUAUUGACAUUGCCUGGCAGAGCAUUGAGUACUAUGCUGGCCUGGCUGGGACACUUGCGGGCCAGCACAUCCAGCUCCCUGGAGGAGCAUUUGCUUACACUAGACGGGAGCCACUUGGUGUGUGUGUGGGAAUCGGUGCAUGGAACUACCCUUUCCAGAUUGCAUCAUGGAAGUCUGCUCCUGCUCUGGCAUGUGGUAAUGCCAUGGUAUUUAAACCCUCUCCAAUGACUCCGGUGACUGCUGUCAUCCUGGCUGAGAUCUACAAAGAGGCUGGGGUACCUGAUGGGCUUUUCUGUGUGGUCCAAGGUGGAGCAGAGACCGGCAGCUUGCUCUGCCAUCAUCCAAAAGUCGCUAAAGUCUCUUUCACGGGGAGUGUUCCUACAGGCAAAAAGGUACAGACCAGUACAGCAUUGUUUCCCACACAUGGACUGUAUGUUAUGGAAAUUUUAACAAUAACCUGCAAACACCUCGUACUUGAUAACUGCAGAGACGACAUGACCUGUGUGAAGGAGGAGAUUUUUGGCCCUGUCAUGUCCGUUUUGCCUUUUGACACGGAGGAAGAAGUGAUCAAGAGAGCCAACAACACCACCUUUGGACUGGCCUCUGGGGUCUUCACCAGGGACAUUUCUCGAGCCCAUCGCGUGGCUGAGAACCUGGAGGCAGGGACCUGCUUUAUCAACAAUUACAACAUCAGCCCUGUAGAGGUGCCGUUUGGAGGAUACAAGAUGUCGGGCUUUGGCAGAGAGAACGGCCAGGUGACCAUCGAGUACUACUCCCAGCUGAAGACUGUAGUGGUGGAAAUGGGUGACGUCGAAAGCCUCUUCUAAAGUUUUACACCGCUGUGCCAGAACUGUGACUAGAGCUCUUCACUUCUCCCUUGUUACUGUGUUAGGCUGACACAUAAUUAAUGCAGAAUGUGUGGAACAUGAUGUAAACAAGCAUAGAUGCAGAGCACUCCCCCCCAGUAUUCAGUACUUCAUUAUUACAUCAGUAAGUGAAGGAUAGCUGGAUUUAAAAGUUGGGGUUUUCUAAGGAAACACAAGUGUGCAACGAUGGAACCAGCUUUAGAGGAAGACUUCUUUGUACUGUUGUUUGGACAGCUGCUCCUUUGUAUCAAAAUAAACUUGUAGAAGCAAA